GACGUCACCGCAACACGCGGACGACAUGUUCGCAACACGCGCCGUGACGUCACCGCAACACGCGAGGCGACUUGUUGGCAACACGCGCCGCGACGUCGCCGCAACACGCGAGGCGAUUUUUUUACCACACGAUCGCGUUGCCGUGACGUUAACGCGGCGUGCGCGAUGACGUCAACGCGACGCGGCGUGAUUGCCUCACGAGCCGCCCGCUUAUUUAAGGGGCCGCGUUGUGGUUUGCGCGCGCGAGCUCUCGCACCACAACGCGGGAAGGCGGCGGCGGCGGCGGUCUCUAGCGAGGGGGGUGCUGUUUGUAAGGGCCGCCUAACCUCCCGCGCAGGGGUGCAGCUCGUGAGCGAUAACUUUGCCGUGGUUACCGCUGGCCCGUCCCCCCUGCUCGUCGCGUGCUCCCCGCUGCUGUUUGUGCGCGCCCGGUCCGCGUGGACUAUUCGUGGGUGAGUGAGCGGUGAUCUCUACCAACGCAAGCCGUCCACCGCCAGCCAUGAGGCUGCUUCUCCGCACAACCACCUCUCUCCUCGCGGCUCCCAUCACUGGGUCUCCCGGCGGAGCUCAGCUGCACCGCGGCAGGAGCACGCGUGCCGCCCAUCGCCUGAGCCGCGAGCACGUGGACAGCAUCCUGCGCGCGAGCGAGUACAGCUACACGGUGCCCGAGUUCGACGGCAAGAACGUGAGCGUCGUCAUGGGCUUCGAGAGCAACCAGCUGCCGUCCAACUCGCCCAUCGAGGACCGGCGUGCGGCCGCCACGUGCCUGCAGUCGGGCGGAAUGCUGCUGGGCGUGUUUGACGGGCACGCUGGGCCCGCGUGCGCGCAGGCCCUAAGCGAGCGCCUCUUCUACUACGUGGCGAUGGCGCUGCUGCCGACGGCGACACUGCGGCACAUCGAAGACGCGGUGGAAGCGAGGCGCUCGGUGCCGCCCGUGCUGCUGUGGCACAAGCACCCGUACGACUACGUUAACCGCGAGAGCGCGGCGCUGUACUUCCAGAGCCUGCGUACCUACUGGCAGGAGCUGAUAGACCUGGACGACGGCACGCAGCCCGACGUGGCCGACGCGCUGGCGGGGGCGUUCGCGCGGCUCGACUCGGACCUGUCGCUGGAGGCCCAGGCGGGCACGCCCAGCCGCUGCCUGACCGCGCUGGCGCUGCGCUCGGCGUUCUCGGGCGCGACGGCGUGCGUGGCGCUCGUGUGCGACGGCGAGCUGCACGUGGCCAACGUGGGCGACAGCCGCGCCGUGCUGGGCCGCCGCGCCGGAGCCGGCUGGGAGGCGGUGCCGCUGUCGCGCGACCACUGUGCAGAGAACCCCGCGGAGGUGGCGCGCCUGCACGCCGAGCACCCGGAGAGCGAGCGGCGCACGGUGCUGCGGCAUGGCCGGCUGCUUGGCGCCCUCGCACCGCUUCGAGCUUUCGGCGACGUCAAGUUCAAGUGGAGCCAGGAGCUGCAGCGCCGCGUGCUGGAGUCGGGCGCCGACCUCGUCGAAGGCAUCGGGCACCGUGACUUCUUCCCGCAGGACUACCACUCCCCGCCGUACCUCAACGCCCGGCCCGAGGUGUCAAGGCAUCGGCUGGGCCCAGGCGACCGCUUCCUGGUGCUGGCGACGGACGGGCUGUGGGAGAUGCUGGACAUGGAUGACGUCGUGCGGACCGUCGGGGACUACCUGGAGGCUACAGAGGGCGGCGCCGUGGCGCAGAGGCACCAGCAGGAGCGGCGCGAGGGCGGCUCCGUCGUGCGUCUGGGCGAGAUGCACGGCCGCCUGCUGCUGCAGCAGCGUCAGCGGCAACGAGCGACGCCGGGUGGAGGGACGACGACGACGACGACGACGUCGCCGGACACCUCGCCGAGCGCCGACCGCAACGCGGCGACGGCGCUGGUGCGGCGUGCGGUGGGGCGCGACGAGUCGGGUCGCGUGUGCGAGGAGCGCGUCGCCGAAAUGCUGGGCCUGCCCGAGGAGCUGGCGCGCAUGUACCGCGACGACAUCACCGUCACCGUGGUCGUCUUCAACCCCAGCGUUUUAGACGGCGAGCACCGGUGAUGGCAGCUGCGACGAAGCGGAGGUGUGAUGACGGUGGUGGUGGUGGGAAGGCGAUGGCCGUGAUUUCGGGCUUGUGAUGGCAGUGAUGACGAAAGGGGUUGCUCAGAGCAGUUGGUGGUGGUGAUGAAUGUUGUAAUGACGAGGUGAUGAGUGAGGAGAGGGAGGAGAUGAUGAAAGGGGUGGUUGAUGGUUUUGGCAAUAGAGCAGUGAUGAAGUUAAAAUGGUGAUGGAGUGGAAGUGAUGGAUUGCAGGCGGUGAAGUAGAGGUGAUGAAACCAAUUGUGAGUCGGUGUGAGUUACACGGUGGCUAACCCCGCUCUUGGAAAAUAUCCAUAUUUGGAUGUCAAUCGAGCAACAAAGCGUGUUAAUUCGCCACUACUUUAUAUCACAGUUGCCAAGCACAAAGCCCCAAGGCUUGUAUGGCAGUGCAACCAACAAGUUACUUGAACUGAUGAAUGCAAGUUGAAUCUGAAAGCUUUACCAAAACUCUGCAUGCAUCCGCGUGUGUGUGCGCAUGUGCAUACUGUCUAGCAAUGUUUUCCAACCAGAAAAAGCAACUGCCCGUUACGCAUCCAAGAUAAAAACUUUACACUGUACCAGAUGUGGCGUGUGACGCAUGGAGCAAAGCAUCGAGCGGCAAAACACGAAACUUGUCUUUGUGGGACGGCCAGUCGAUUCAGUGCAAUUGCAUUUAUAACUUCCAGCUGUGUCGCGACAACACAUUCAUAAUAACAUUAUCGUGGGUCUGAAAAGCAGCCAAACCUCUAAGCUGACGAGAAGUAAUGCGCUGUAUUGUUUUAUUUUUUAUUUCUCAAAUGAGGGGUAGAAAUGGUGUUUUAAGCCAAAGUUUGUCAACUCCAGCCAUUGUGACAACCCUCUCCUGUGGGCCACCCCUGUGUCGUGGUGGCGACACAGGGGUGGCCUGGUAUACAGGAGGUCGUGGGUUCGAUCCUGACCCUGAUGCCUGCUGUAUAUUUAGAGUUUGUGUGCCUUUCCCCGUGGUCGCAUGGAUUUUUCUCCGAGUCCUCCGGUUUCCCCCCUCCACAUUUAGAAACAAACGUGCGCUUAAGAGUUUUUGGCUGCUAUAAAUUUGCACGCGAUAAGCCACUUCGUUGAGCUGUCAUUUGUCACAAGGUCGCUUCUGAAAAAGAAAUGUAUAGCUCGGUGGGCCUUAUCCGGUAUCAUAAAAAGUUUAGUUUUAUUAAAAAAAAAUCUCGUCCAUAUGCAAAUUAAGCUACAGCAUACUGAUUGUUGGCAGUAGUGGAAACCUGUGCUGUGGGGGCAGCGAGGACUGGAGGAGUCGAGACACCGAUUUAAAGGAAGAUGCAACUCAACACAGAGUCCUUGUGGAUAUCUGUACUUGGGCAGUGGGAGGAUGUCCGAUACGAAUUUGAAGCUUCGUUCAUGAGGACGCAGGCUUCAGGCACUCUUUGUCACAACGCUACAGUGAUUCCAAUGUAAUGACUUUGUAUGAGAACGUGUUGAUAUGCUGGGCGUGCGUCGCGUCGGCGAUAACUUUGGUUGAGAUGUCGUCCACGCUUGCCGUGCCGGUGUGUGAGCCCAGACAAAUUCACAGGCCUCAGCAAGUCACGGCGGGAACAAGCGAUCGAUGUUGGCAGGCUACGCGUGACACCGCUCCCUUUGAAUUCGACCGACUCCAGCCUAACCUCCUCGAUUUGCUCCACUCAGCGGAUUGCAUUCCCCUAAUGCGAGUGAUCACGAGCUCGCUCGAAAGUAGGAGUGAUUUUUAACGUCGCUAGUUUGUAAUUAAUCACUUAGCCAUAUAAAGUUGUGUUACUCAUGAAGGGUCGACUGUACCAUACCCCCGCCAAUUUUCACCACUGGGCCAACUUGCAUAGAGUUUCAGGUUUGAUUCCCACAGUAAUUUGUUUGGAAUUUCCAAAACAGCUAUCAGGUGUUGAAUGGAAUUAGACCCACGUGGUACUGCUUCCAAAAUUAGUCCAAUAAACAAGUAAACGUUUUCCAUGGUGUAUUUUAUGUCCGUUUUCCAGCAUAUGGCACACUUUUGUAAUCCCAUCCAUAGGACAUGAGGUGCCUGCAGGAGGCAGUACAACAUGUAGGUUGAGCGGACGGAGUGAUCUCGCCUCGGAUGUGGGUUUUGUGUAUACCUCCGUUUCCUCGUCCAAGCAAAAUACAGGAAGAAAUUUGCCAAACAUCCCAAGCAGGACCCUCUUGAGAAUCUUGACUUGUGCUUUCGUUGGGUACAUUUUACUGCGGCUUUCCACUUGGUGUGGGCUGGCUGGUACUCGCAUCCGUUACUGGCGCAGACUAGUCAUGUAAAUUUCACAUUCUCAGGGCAGGGGUUGGCCUCCCAAAAGGCUUCUCCUAAAUCCAUUGAGCACAGCAUGAUGGGCCCGAUUGAGCCCCAACCAGGAUUUGAAUUCUUACUUACAAUUGCGAGUCCAAUGCUCUAACCACAGCGCUACCCAGCUGGAUGAAUUAAAUGCUGUGUAUUGCAUGCAUAUCGGCCCAGAAACAAGUGGUGGGGAGCCUACAGGAGCUGAAUGUGUCUUGGCUGAAUGUGGUUGGAAAGUGCUUGGCCAUAAGGAAUUUGUGGGAGUGACCCCAACCCUUCCGUAAGCUCCUUGCCCCAGGGUGCCAAAGUGCUUAAAAUAUCAGCAUACGCUUUUAGUCUUGGAAAGGCGAUUCAAGCACCACAGGCAGAGGAGACUGUCAACAGUUUGGCAACUGAACACGAACAACCAAUGUAUAGGUGCCAAAUAACCUGGGUGUAUUGUAUACAAGGCUUUGUAUUGGCAUUGAAGCUUGACAAUUGUUCAUGUAUGUCCACACUGAAAGGUAGCCCAGUUACUUAUUUCAAUGAAGAUGAAUAGCUUGGGAUGUUCCAGAAAUACGAAUGGAGAGCCCUUUCUGAAUACAGUGUUGACGAAGGCUUCUCCACGCCGUGUACAUCAUGGAAGUCAUAGGUGGGAGGCAAACGACUGGUUCCAGAUACCACUCGCCUCUGACGUUAGCCAUCGCCGACCAUCAAACUCAGGUCUAUGGGUUAAUCAUGCGGUGUGUUAACCAUUGCGUCACUGCCCUACUCAUUGGGAGACCCACAGCGACUGUUACUCCCACUGCUAAUUGGUUGAAAGUGUUGCCCACAUUCGAUAAGCGCAGCCCCAAGUACUGUAGGUUGACAAACUUGCUUGUCUAUAAAAUCCAUCCCAGUGGCGCUGCGGUCAGGCCACUCGACUCGCUUUUGGAAGACCACGAGUUCCGUUGGAGUAAUUCUCCCAGACUCCCAACACUGCAUCGUUUACAAUUCAAAACGCAGUAAAACCAGUCUGCUCAAAUUAAAUUGCUGAUUCAUUAACGUCCAUUUCACCUGGAUGACCUAAUUAGUCGUGUUUAAGGUGACGCAAUCACGUAUUAGGUGGGCCAUGAGGCUAGUCUCCUGCAUCGGAACAUUAACAGGCCAAUGCACAUCUUCAUAAAUGGAAAAUUUAAAGACAAGCCACACAGUGACUGGCCAUGCAACCCAAACUAUGGACAACAUAGUAAACCGCUGUGGUCUGCACUCCUUCGAUGGCAGAAUAGCAAAACUUCUCCCAAAGCCCUCUUCGUGGCUAGCAGACCUCGACAUUGGCAUUUAGCUCCUGAACAUAUUGCCAUACGCAGGAAUACAAUAGCAAUGAAUAAUUAUAGCUCGUACACUCAGCCGGUCCAUCUUUUGUGCUCUUUCUUACUUGGUAAUCAACUUUUUUU